AUGUCAUACCCUCAGCAAUCUCCCGCGCAGAGGCCGCCGCCUCUGCGACAAUAUAACAACGCCCCUCCGCCCUCGGUGGCAUUGCCGGGGGGAUACUCGCAAGAUGGCCCCUAUGCAGGCUAUGGUGAUGGCGGCAUGAGCAGUACGGACUAUCACAACGCGGAUCCAGGCUACGACGAUGCAGCCCACGGUCGAUGCGCCCACCAGGCCCUCCAGGCCCUGGAUACGGACGACCACCCGGCCCCGAUGACCGGCGAGGCUACCCUCCUGGUCCCGGAGGAAGACCACCACCACAACAACGAUCAAGAACCCCUGGCGGACGACCACCCCCAGGCGCUAGCUUUGACAAUCCCUUUCCUUCCUUUCCCCCAGGUGACCCAAGAGGAGAUCCUAGAGGAGACCCACGAGACCGAAGACCCCCCAGAGAUCCGAGAGACCGCCGCGGUCCGCCUCGAGGCAUUGAGAAUGGCAUGGCUGCGAUGGACAUCAAUGGCAGAGGCCCUCCUCCCCGGCCGCACACUUCAAAUUCUAAUGGGCGACGCCCGGAUAUGCGAGGACCGCCUCCGCGCGGACCUCCCCCUACCGGACCGCCCUUAUAUCGAUCCUAUGGGCCCGCCGAUGCAUCCGCCAGGACGAAGUGCAACGAUGCCGCUUGCGCCAGGUUCUCCAAUGGGACCUCCAAUCGCUCCGAUGUACCCGGGGCAAUCGACCUACCAAGAAUCCGAUUACCCAGCAAGUCCCAUUGUCGAACCUCCCAUGCGUCCCAAUACCGCUGGAAGUAUGCGACCUCCGCGAUCCCGGGCGCCCAACGAUAUAGACUCUGGAUUGAUGAUUCCUCCGGAACCCGCCAAUCGCGUUUCGUACGCGCCCAAGGACUUCCUGGAUAGUUACUACGAGUCUGGUGGUGGCGACGAACCCGAUAUGCCUAAUUUCGAUGCUAUUCCAGAUGCUAAGCAGCAUGGACCCAUUGAUGAGAUGGGAUUGGACACACCAACAGGUCGGAGACCCGGCCCUGGUCCAAAUUCUUCUCCCGGUGGAGAGUACUCUUCAUACUCUCCAGGCGCAGAUGCUCAGCGCUCUCAAUCCCACCCCAAUCUCCGACAGGUCGAGGUGAACCAGUUCGAGAAUGCGGGAUUUCAGUUCGAUAUUCCGGGAGAAGAGCCUCGUGCUAUGGACCACCAAGACCCUGGUUAUGGGCCCAAUGGCUACGGAGGUCAUGGCGAUUACUCCCGCGGCCCUGCGCCGGUUCGGAUGAACCAACCGGCCUAUCCCCCAGAGCAGCCUGAUCUGUCAGACCCCCAGCAAAGUCCCGAUGCUCUGCCUCACCACCCAGCCCCAUUCCGUCCCGGUCAUGAUGCGGCCUCGAAACCUGCACCGCUUCGCCAGUAUAGCGCCCCCGAAGCUGCUCCUCCCCAGUCUGUGCCACAGCCCAUUGUGCCAGCUGCAAGUGUCCCAACGCCAGUCACGCAGGAAGAGCUGCAGCGGCUGCAACAACAGGCGCGAGGAAAUCCUUCGGACCAAAAGACGCAGCUUCUCCUCGCCAAGAAGUUGGUUGAAGCAGCCACAGUUCUCGUUGAAAACAACAGCCGCCUCGAUCCGAAAACCAAGGCCAAGGCUAAGGAGAAGUACAUCCUUGAUGCCCACAAAAUCGUGAAGAAGCUUGUUGCAGCUGGAUACUCUGAAGCACAAUUCUUUUUGGCUGAUUGCUAUGGUGAGGGCCUUCUGGGCCUGGAAGUCGACCCUAAAGAAGCGUUCUCGCUCUACCACUCCGCUGCGAAGCAAGGCCACGCUCAGUCUGCAUACCGUGUAGCAGUCUGUUGCGAAAUUGGCCAAGAAGAAGGCGGCGGUACCAAGCGCGACCCGUUCAAAGCCGUCCAAUGGUACAAGCGCGCCGCUGCCCUAGGCGACACACCCGCGAUGUACAAAAUGGGUAUGAUCAAUCUUAAGGGAUUGCUCGGUCAAGCCCGCAACCCUCGGGAGGGUGUCUCCUGGCUCAAGCGGGCAGCAGACCGCGCAGACGAGGAAAACCCACAUGCUCUUCACGAGCUCGCUCUCAUGUACCUCAACGCUGGCGGCAACGAUAUAAUCGUCCGCGACGAGCAGUACGCCAGCCAGCUCUUCCACCAAGCUGCUGAAUUGGGCUACAAGUUCUCCCAGUUCCGUCUCGGCAAUGCGUACGAAUACGGACUCAUGGGAUGUCCCGUUGAUAAUCGCACGAGUAUCAUCUGGUACACCCGUGCCGCCGCCCAAGGCGAACACCAAAGUGAGCUUGCUCUCAGUGGCUGGUACCUCACCGGAUCCGAAGGCAUCCUGUCACAAAAUGACACCGAGGCCUACCUAUGGGCUCGCAAAGCCGCCACCGCCGGUCUCGCAAAGGCAGAGUAUGCGAUGGGAUACUUCACCGAGGUAGGAAUCGGCGCUACUGCCAAUCUGGACGAUGCAAAGCGGUGGUACUGGCGUGCAGCUGCCCAAGGAUUCCCCAAGGCUCGUGAACGUCUUGAGGAUCUCAAGAAGGGCGGAAGCAGGAUGCAAAAGACCCGUCUCUCUCGCUCGGCUGUUAACAAGCAGAGUGACGGUGCGACAAGCUGGACGUAUAUGUCUUCCGAAGCCAACCAACAACAAUCAAAUACAAGUACACCAGUGGCUCGAGAUACAUUGAAUGCAAUCAGCGGACGCAAACUCGUUCUCAUCUCUCUCCUGACUAUCUUCGCUGCUGUGCUUGCCCCCCUAUUCUGGGGUGAUACCGCCAAUCUGUUCGGCAUACGACGAUUCUUCUCUUCUUCAGCUGCAGCUGCAGCUCCGGGUUCGAGUUCGGCAUCUGUAACUACUACGGCGACAGCUAAGGUCUCAACAUCUGAUACAAUGUCUUCAUUGAAGACUCCAGUUUAUUUCCUUAGCCAUGGCGGGCCAAACGUAAUGUACGAGGUCGAACACCCAGCCUACCGAAAACUAGCCGAAAUCGGACGUGAAAUCACCACCAAGGUCAAGCCACGCGCUGUGGUUGUUUUCUCAGCGCAUUGGCAGGCUGGUAAGGAUACCAUCCAGGUUAAUACAGCCGAGACCACGGAUUUGAUAUAUGAUUUCUACGGAUUCCCGAGUCAUUACUACAAGGAGAAAUAUCCCAAUUUCGGUAGCAAGGAAGUCGCGGAUAAAGUACUCGAUUCGCUCAAGGAUGCGGGCAUUAAAGCGGAGGGUGUGAAGCGUGGACUUGAUCAUGGUGUUUGGGUUGGUUUCAGGUGUGCCUUCGAUCCAGAUACAAACCCCCUCAACGUCCCCCUCGUGCAAGUCUCCCUCUUCAACACCGAAGACCCAGACCAGCACUACCGCCUAGGCCAAGCAGUCGCCCGCCUGCGCGAGGAAAACAUCCUGAUCAUCGUAUCCGGAAUGGCAGUGCACAAUCUGCGCGACCUGCGGUUUACAUUUGGAAACUCAAAGCCGAUGCCAUACGCUGUUAGCUUUGAUGAGGCGACCAAGGACGCUGUGACGACCGCGCCGGAUAAGCGGCAGAAGGCUAUGGCGGAGUUGCUGAAACGACCUGAUGCGCGCCAGGCUCAUCCCUCUUUUGAGCAUUUGCUUCCUAUUCAUAUUGGAGCUGGUGCUGCUGGUGAGGAUCUGGGUAAGAGGCUGUGGACUUAUCCUGAGGGUAGUAUGAGCUGGGCACAGUACCGGUUUGGGGAGGUUGAGAAUGCUAGUUCAUUAUGA